GUCCAUCUGUCUAUAUAGGUAGAAAGAGAGUAAAGGAGAAAACAUAUCCUCCUCAAGAUUGUCAAAAAGAUUAAACACUAGAGAGUGGGAGAGUACUAGCAAUAAGAAAGGAAUAUGGGGAGAGCUCCAUGUUGUGAUAAAGCAAAUGUGAAGAGAGGGCCAUGGUCUCCUGAAGAAGAUGCUAAACUCAAAGAUUUCAUUCACAAAUAUGGAACUGGUGGAAAUUGGAUUGCUCUUCCUCAAAAAGCUGGACUAAAGAGAUGUGGGAAGAGUUGUAGAUUGAGAUGGCUAAAUUAUUUAAGGCCUAACAUUAAACAUGGUGAUUUUUCUGAGGAAGAAGAUAGAGUUAUUUGCAGCUUAUAUUCCACCAUUGGAAGCAGGUGGUCAAUAAUAGCAGCUCAAUUACCGGGAAGAACUGACAAUGAUAUCAAGAAUUACUGGAAUACGAAGCUCAAGAAAAAACUUAUGGGAUUAAUGCAAUCAACAAACCAAAGAAAAUCACCAUAUUUUCCAGCUGCUAAUUCUCUUCAAACCCAACCCCAGAUAAAUUCAAGUCUUUUUAGAGACUUAUAUUACACCCCAAAUAAUAGGCCUAAUAUUACAGGUCUAAAUCAGUCCAUUUCUUCUGCCCAACCAAAUUUUCUGUACACUAAUAACAGUAACAUGAAUUUUCCUAAUUUGGGUGCUACAAAUAAUCAAUAUCCUUAUAAUAUCCAAAGUCAUAAUUUACUUAUGUUUGGAGAAGCAAGUUGUUCUUCAUCAGAUGGAAGUUGCAGCCAAAUGAGUUUUGGUAAAGAAAUCAAGAGAGAAGAAAUUAUGAGUAAUUGUUUACAACAAGGUCAAAUUUCAAGUGUUAAUAAUGCUUUUGAAGAAAACCACCAGAAUUUUACUCUUGAUUAUGGCAACAGUAGUAGUAAUUGGGUGGAUCAAAAACCAAAUGUGUAUUUUGGUAAUACUACUACUACUCAAGUACUUCAGUAUGAUAAUGUUGAAGAAGUUAAGCAGCAGCUAACAAGUUGUACCAAUGGCAACAAUGGCAGUACUAUUGGAUGUAACAACAACAACAGUAUGUUCGUGUUCAAUGAUGAGAAUUAUAACAAGUCAAAUGAGAUAGAGAUGUUCUAUUACUGAAGAAGAAAUGACUGUUGAAAAGAAAACAAAUGUAAGUACCAUUAGGAAAGGGCGUUUGGUUAUGGGGGUUGCCAAGAAGAUUCAGACUUUUUUUGGGGUUUUGUGUAGUUGUGGUAGAAUUAUUAUUGAAUGAAAAAAAAAAACCUUCUUGUACUUUAAUUCGUCAGUACAUAGUACAUACUACUACAAAGUAGUAAAGCCUAUUCUUUUUGUG